AUGACUUCCCAAGUAGCCGUUGCUUUGGUGCGUCCUUCACUUUAUAAGGCUGGCGCAAACCCUUCUGCCUCCAUGGCGGCAUUGAUGCAGUCCACCAACGAGCCUGUCGUCGUGUCAAACCCCAUAACCGCGCCCUCCCAUUCCAUUACAAGUUCCGAUCCUAUCUCCUUUCUUAAACCACCAUCCAAGCCUGAAUCCAAUCUCAGCUCCAUCGCCAGCGCCGGUCUCCACGUCUCCCGAUCUCAACCUCCCCAGAUGACGAGUCCGUCAUCAGCGCCGGACCGGCCGGUUGAACAUGACAGGGACUCUGAGCGAAAUAAUUCUCAGGUCGCACGAGAAGCAUUGGGAGCUAGUGAAAAGUCGCCGGUUCCCUCAAUCCAAGAUCCCCAAAUCCAUGCAUCCCCGGAACAGAUGCAAGUAGAUGCCCAUUCAAAUGAUACACCAGACCCCUACGGAUCCGCCGAUCACCAACACUCGCUCAUGCACGCCUCAACAGUCGCAAGCCCGGGCCCGAUUGAAGAGUCAGCUUCACAGGAUGGCGACCGUCAUCGCCAACGGGAGGACUCGGAAAUUGACCAAGACAGCCACAAGGCAUUUUCGUACCCCAUGCCCACGGGGGGGCUUAAUGAUCCUCGACGCGGCCUGAGCUUACCGAACGCGGGCUACAAUCGAAACAGUCCGCGCUCACCAUCCGCAAAGAAACACCGCUGCCCCUAUUGCGCCACGGAAUUCACCCGCCAACACAACCUUAAGAGCCACCUCCUCACCCAUAGCCAAGAAAAGCCAUUCGUCUGUCAAACCUGCCAGUCCCGUUUCCGCAGACUACACGACUUGAAGCGACACACGAAGCUGCAUACCGGCGAACGACCUCAUCUCUGCCCCAAGUGUGGACGGCGUUUUGCUCGCGGUGACGCGCUUGCGCGACACAACAAAGGACAAGGCGGAUGUGCGGGUCGACGAGCUAGCAUGGGAAGCUUUGCGCCGGACGACGAGUAUGGCGACGGCCAUCACCACGACGGUAUGGAUGGUCUGGUCUAUGCGGAGCCGGAGGCCAUGGAUGGGGAGGAGGAGCGACGAUUGAGCACGCAGGGCAUGCGCAAGCACGACGAUACCCUCCCGCGAUCCGAUUCUUUAAAUUCUGUUCGGCAAUCCAAUACUUACCCGCCGAUUGCGGCGAGUCGUGGUGGCCUCUUUCCUCCGCCUGGUCACCCCUCUGGUUCGUCUCUAUUCACCUCGGGUACUCUUACCGAGAGCUCCAAACCGUUGUCUCCCAAUGCUCUAUCCCACCACGACUCGGCUGCCUCCUCGCACCGCGGACACUCCCCCGGCAUGGGCCAAUCGUUGCCUCAUCCACAAGCACCCUUUGCACGAGGUAGCUUGUCAGCGCCCAAUCAUAUCGGGCUACCAUUGCCACAGCCAGGAGCUCAACUUCCUCCCCCCGUUGUUACUUCACCAGACGCCCGCUUUGGCCUACAACCCAACAAACACACACCACCGACUCACUCUGGAAACCAUGGCUUGCCUGUCCCCAAGAUUGGGCCAGAAGGUUCAGAUGGGACCGAUGCCAAUCAGAUCGAUAAACUUUGGGCAUACGUCCGUUCUAUGCACGACGAGUUAACAGGACUGCGGAAUGAAGUCGCCUCCCUGCGCGCACAUAUUGCUUCUACCAACUCAUCAACGGCAGCUCCGGGAGAUGCGAACCACACAAACUCCAUCUCCCGAUAA